GAUCGCAAAGGGCAUCUUACCAAGCGCAUGGUGGUGGAUUACCGGGCUGUGAGCAAGAACUUCAAGUCUAUCGCUUUUCGGAUGCCCGAUGCACUCCAGAUUUUCAAAAAUCUUGAAGGCGGAUAUUACUUUGGAGCGUGCGAUCUUGCGAUGGGCUACAAUCAAGUUGAACUUUCGGAACGGAUGCAACGUCUUCUCACUGUCGUAGGCCCAGAUGGCUGCUACUACCCUACCAGACUACCACUUGGUCCAUCUCCAGCUCCUGCAUUCUUUCAGCAACAAACAGCCAGUGCUUUUGAGGAUGUUGUGGACGGAGUCUUCAUCGAUGACUUGAUCUACAAGGGCAAAGAUUUUGCUGAGUUUCUCCGACGUAGUAAGGAGUUGUUUGAUCGAUGCGAGGCUACUGGAUUUACCCUGUCCCUGAAGAAGUCCGUCUUCGGUAAGAAGACAGUCGAGGUUCUCGGUUUCAACAUCAGCCAAGAAGGACGGACGCCUACACCAAAGAAGGCUGAACAGCUUCGAAACUGGCUGGAGCUCGAAAGCAAGGACGAUUUGGUCAGCCUGUUAGCGUUCGCAAACUACCUUCGGGAAUUCAUCCCCACCUACCAACGCAUCCGAGGUCCAUUGGCUCCUUACACGAAGAAACGCGGAAAGCCGUGGUCAGAUUUUUCUGGCGAUGUCGAAGCACAAGAUGCGCUGACGCAGCUGAAAAAAGGCAUAGCAGAUGAUGUCCCACUGACCAGCAUCGACUUCGAAGCAGCACACAAUUGGCGCAAAACUGGCCGUCCAGUGGUGGUUACGUGCGACGCAUCACGAUACGGCCGAAGCUAUGUCAUCUGCCAGGCAGCACGAGCAGGAGGACCACUACGACCUUGUGUCAUCAAGGGAGUAAGCUUCGAUGAGCAUCAGCAGGGAUGGAGCGUGCUGGAGCAAGAACUUAGUGCUGUGAAGCUCUUCUGCGAAGAUGGCUGGAAGUACGUUGAUGGACUUGAAAUCUUUCUUCUCUUCGACCACGAGAACCUCGAUCGAGUAGAUGACCUAGUGGGUAACCAACGUGUCCGCGACAAGAUACUAAGGUGGCUAGAGGUAGUACGGCAACGAUUAGAUUCUGGAGCAGUGCAUCGUGUUCACAUCAGUGGCACUAUCAAUGUUCUAGCGGACGCAGCUUCUCGGCAUCCA